AUGGCUUCACCAAUGCCCAAUCCUCCUCAAGGCGGCUGGAACCACAACGGUCAGACGAUGCAGCAGAACAAUGACAAUGAAACGGGUGUCCAAGUGAGACCUAUGGGUCUCAAGGUACAUUAUACAUUCGACAAGGAGGCCAGAGUCAAUUGCCUCGCCCGUUCAUCGCAAACGCUUUUUGUUCAAACAAUUCCCCUCGACGACCAGAACUCCAUCGGUAUUAUCGACCUUCGCGCGUGCCUGCAGGCAGUCACAGAAUGCAGCCCCGAGCUCCUAAAUCAGGAGGGCGAAGGCGACUUCGCAAUCUACGCAUCUGAUUAUUCAGAACCAGAAACCCCCCUGGUGGGACAAGGCAUGCUGUCAUGGGCGCUUGAAACCAUGCGUGGUGACUGGGGUGCCCAUUUUCCAAAGAUGGUCACUGGGCGUGUCACGAAAAACUUGCUCGCUGUCUUUGGAGGAGGCAACCGCGAGAUACUAGAAGUCAAGCUUAAGCUCUCGGCUGCUGGCAGGGUUCAAAGACCGGAGCCAACUAUGGACAUGUCGCCUAUGGAGAUGCAACAUGCUCCUCUACAGCCUGCUCCCUUGCAACCCAUUCCCAUACAGCCCUCUCGAUCUAACGACUCGGCCAUGAUGUCCGGUGCUGCUGAGUGGAACUCUUUCAUCCAGGCAAAUCCUCAGAUUGGUCACCAGGCACAAGUGUCUCGAGUAGCUUCCCCUGCCUUGUCCCAAUCAGGACCUCCACCAAGCACAAACGAACGAAGAGAUUCAAUCAACCCAACCACCAUCCAAGCAAACCUAGGUUCGGAUGUUCAGCGAAUAGCCCCCAUGCCGGUCACUUCAGCAGCGGCCACAACAACGACAGUAACGACGACAACUACCACAGCCUCUGGAUCAAGACCUUCUAGUAGAAGCUCUCGCAGAAAGCCGCCAACAGGACGUCCUCGCGGUAGGCCCCGAAAGAAGCCUGCUGAAGGAAAUACUUCGGGAUAUGAAGAUGGCACAGAAGGCGAAGAUGGAGGGCCAGCCAAGAAAAGAGCUAAGCCGACCAAGGUUGAGAAGGCCGCUCCAAACCCAUUCACUUCUGGUCCAGAUUCGCUACGUGUUACCGCUAGUACCGCUGGAUCUCUUCGAAACUUCCGACCUGUCAACUCAAACAAUGAGACUGUAUCGGGGAACCAUCUACAAGAAGUUCCCCGAGCUCCAACGCCCGUUCCUGAACAGAACCCCCUACUCGCUCCAGCUCAGGGUGGCCCAAAAGGACCUAAGCCUCGGAGGGAAUCAUCAAUGAGAAAAGAGUUGGGUGCUACCUUGAGCAGCCAAAUUCCUCCGAGGCCUCUUCGUGCCUUGUCCCCAAGUCAAGAGGAUGGUCGGUCUCCUGCAUCGUCUGUUGAGACCCCAGCCUUCUCAGAGGACAGUCCACAAGAUAUGCGUUCUUCUCCCCCUUUACCAUUAACGGCCUCCUUCAUGCGGUCAAGCCCGCCUCCUUCCAGCCCUGUUCUACCACCGAUGCCUGCGCUACCACGUCAAGCAUCAAGCUUCAUGGAGAACGAAACCGACGACCUCCUUGAUGAGCCUGCCUUACAACCGGCCAAGGCGAUCCAAUCUUAUAGCCAACCUCAACCACAGAAGGUGACGGAGGACGUGGACAGCUCCGGUAUCCCUACACAAGUCUUCAUGAUCCGAGAUGGUGCCGAGGGUCUCAUCCAUAUCCAAAAUAUCAACACGCCUCAACCAACAUCUACUCCAGCCGGCCCCCCUCCAUCAGAGCCCGUAACAGUGAAGAGAAUACCUAUACCCCGGCCAGCUCAAAACACCGCACAGAAAAGGCCAGCAAACCCACCACCAAAACUCGCACCAACUCCCCCUCCCACCACAGAUGCUGUCGAGAAGAAUAGCCCAGUCCCUGGUUCUGCACCUUCACCACAAGAUGCUGCUCAGUCUCAAGGUGACGAAGCUGUUGAGAUAAUGGAGGAUGACCUCUUUGAAUUAGUGCGCGCCGUUUCUAGUUCUUCUGAGCCCACCACUUCCGUUGAAACUAACCAAUCUGCUCAAGGAUCUAUACCUGCUUCAAAAUCAAGUACUAGUACCGUCGGACCCAAGCCUCGCGCUCCGCGACAACUCGCUCGAUCACAGUCUGCGGGAGCCUUAGCUCUUCCCUGUGUGCCAGCCAGCGAGCCUGCUGGGCCAUCUUCCCUUUCUCAGUCCAUGGUAGUCGAGCCAACCCGUCCUUCCACGGAGAUUCCAGCCUGUCUCCGCCGCUCAAAGUCAGUACACGUUCGUGCAACGAUAGCUGCCAGCGAUCCCGUCGGACCACCCGAGAUGAAUCUCAUCUCCAACCUCCUACCCACUCUCCCUGAGGCGCCUUUUCCGCAGAGCGACUUUCCCCGGAUGCCCUCAUCUCCACCUUUCAAGUCGAACAAGAACCUAGUCAAGAAGCACUCUAUCAAGCAGCGAUUAGAGUCGGCGAUUGCAGCUGGUGAGAUGCCUCCGUUCUGCACCAACUGUGGUGCCAUCGAGACCCCGACCUGGCGCAAGAUUUGGGUGCAGGAGCAUGACGGAAUCCCACAGUAUGUAGAGUACUCAGAAAAGCCUGGACGAAUCACUGCCAUUGAGAUCCUGAAACGAGACGAGGAUAAGAAGCCCUUAUCUCACAGGCUCAUCAAGAAAACUCUUGGUUUUAGUGACGAUCGCAGCAAGUGGGCAGAGAAGCUUCUCUGCAACCCUUGUGGCAUCUGGAUCACCAAGUACCAUAGCCAUCGUCCUCAGGACAAAUGGGACAACGCUUUUGGGCAUUUGGGUCAAAGCCGAAAGAAGCGAGCAUCUGCAGGACCUGAGUCUCAGGCGAAGCGAUCCCGUACCAAGAGCACAUUGGUGCCUAACCCUACCUCAGAGGCAUUUCCUACCACAGAAUCCUUCGGCUUGGCAGAGGCAUCAUCCCCGAAGAGAUUUGAGGUUGGCAAUAUGAAUAACGGGAUUGAUGAAGCUGCCGUCAUGCAAAACGUCCUCAAUUUGCUAGCAGAAGAUGGGCGUCAUAUUAAAAGUAUGAGCCAGUCAGUCCCAGGAUCAACCCAUUCCAGAGCUUCUAGAGGAACUGGAACAGCCGAAAGUCCCAUAGAGAUGGACGUUGACGAGGAACUUGGAAGCACACGACGUCUUCUUUUCCCUUCACCCCGUAAGGAGGGAACACCGAAGACGCUAGGAGAGAUCAACUCCAAUGCGGCUAAGAUAACAGAGUGCCGGCAGAAUAAGGAUGUCACCGGCAAGGAGAAUGGGGGCUAUCAGGAUCACACUGUUGAUGAUGACAUUGAAGCGUUGUUCAAUAGCCCAACAGCUCGCCCUUCUACACCUCCGCCCCAAUGCAAGGGUGACAGCGACUCAGCUAUUUUCAAGACCCCCACACGCCCAACACCCAGUCACCGACCCAUUACACGCAGCGUUUCACGCUCUCUUCGAUCUGUCAGAGACAUGUUGUCGCCUAGUCAGCAAGCGCUUUUGCAACGAACACCUACCAGAAGUCCUGCGAGCGUUAGGCGCAGCCCGCGACUGAACCUCGAGCACAAACUCGAAAGUGUUUUUGAUACCCCCCUGAGCCGAACAAUCACACAGUUACUCUCGGAGCCCAACUUUGACCUGGGUAACAGCAACUUGGACUUCUCAAGUCUUCCUCUGCUGGAUGCAGACCCAGUUAGUCUGGCCGAGUUUGGUCAUUUCCUGAGCACAGACGGCAUCAUACCAAGCUCUCCUCCCAAAGACGGUUCCUUGAGCUUCACGUAUAAUGACUCAGAUAAUGUCUGGGCCGAAUGGGGCCGAAUGGAGCAGCAAAGACUCACAGCUGAGGAGAAGGAGAAGUAG